GAGUCUGUCAACGAAGUAGAACCGCAUCAGGAAGUGUUGAAGAAAUUUAUUUCACGUACCUGUCGCUAUCUUUUGUCAUAUUUUGGUAAGAUUGUUGGUACACGCCGACCAGUGAGCAGGUGUGAUGGAGAGCGCAGAUCCAGGCCCAGCAGAUGGAGAGGAGCGAAUGGCAGAGCUGCGACUGAGGACACGCUCCAAUCCGGAGGGAGCGGAGGACAGACGGAGCAGUAACGGUGGCCUGAACAGUCCUCCACCUUCACAACCUACCGUGGGAAGUCGAGUGGAGGGAGAAGGAGAAGCGGCCAGCACGGACAGUCCUCCGGGUUCCACGUCCACCAUCACGACGACUAUUUCUGCCCCCAUCGCUGCUGCAGUCGCUACCACAGCAAGCGUCAUGUCCAGUGCAGUGCCUGCUUCAAUGACUGCUGCCAAAGAAAGACCCAAACCAAGCCAGCCCUCACUGGCUUCGCAGAUUCCUCUAGCUUCAGAACUCCAGCUACGAGCACCAAGAGUCAACUGCCCUGAAAAAGUGAUCAUCUGUUUGGAUUUGUCAGAGGAAAUGUCCCUGCAAAAACUGGAGUCCUUCAAUGGAUCCAAGAUGAACGCCCUUAAUAUCUCCCAGAAGAUGAUUGAAAUGUUUGUGAGAACAAAGCACAAAAUUGACAAGAGGCACGAGUUUGCCUUGGUGGUGGUCAACGAUGAUGCCUUGUGGUUAUCAGGUUUCACCUCUGACCCACGGGAGCUGUGUAGCUGUUUGUAUGAUCUUGAAACAAACGUCUGCGAAUCUUUCAACCUGGAGGAUCUUCUCAACAUCAUUCUCCAGAAGAUUGAGCUUCCACUGAUGGACAAUGUUCAGACGAUCCCACCACCCUUUGUGGUUCGUACGCUCCUUAUUUACAGUCGGCACGCGGGCCAGCUGCAGUUUAACCCCUCAGAUGCUGUCAGUAAAAUGCUACGCUCUCCGUACUUUUUCUUUGAUGUCAUUUAUCUUCAUAACGGCGCUGACGAGCAAAUGGAUGACAACAGCUGGAGGGACACGUAUGAAUCCUUUUCAAAGUUGGACUCUAAAGGGAUGUGCUACCGUUUUGAAGUGUCGCUGUGUGGCCCAGCCAUCGAGCUGCAUAACUGCAUGGCUAAGCUGCUGUGUCACCCGCUGCAGAGGCCCUUCCAGAGCCAUGCCUCGUACAGCCUGCUAGAGGGCGACGAGCCGCCAGAGAUCGAGGCCACAGUGUAGAGCAGCUCUCUCUAACCCUGAUCCUGGAAAUCACACUGUAGAGCUGUUUCAAUACUGAUGUAACACUGCUUCAUCUGGAUAAUCAGUGUUCAUGACGUGCUACAGUAGAUCAGCUGUGUUGAGUUCUGUAAUGUAAGUCUCCAUGAACAGGAUUAAAGAAGGGCAAGUUAAUGAAGCGUCUUCCCCUAAGAUUGUCUCCUAAUGAUGGACACCUUUCGAGAAAGGUCUUCACAUGUGGACUGCUGUGGAUUUUCUUUAACUUUGAGACUUUUCUUUCCCCCCAGUGGAUCCAGUCAGCAUGUUAUUAAUGCCUUUUGUCUUCUAUAUUUUAAAUGAUCAUUCAGUUAAUGUAGCCGUGUGUGUGUGUGUAUAUAUAUAUAUAUAUAUAUAUAUAUAUAUAUAUAUAUAUAUAUAUAUACACACAAAAUAUAUGCAUUUUAUUAAUGCCUUUUUUUCUUCUAUAUUUUAAAUGAUCAUUCAGUUAAUGUAGCCCCAUAUAUAUAUAUAGUGUGUGUGUGUGUAAUAUGUAUGUAUGUAUUUUUUUUCUGCAUUUUUUUUUUUUUUUUAUAUAUAUAAACCCUUCAGGCUAGCUUGGUGAAUGUGCAUAUGUGAAUUACAAGACGUGGGUUUUUUUUUUUUUUCGUUUUUAAAUAUCGUUUGAAAGUACACCAAAAUGAACUCUGUGAUCACUAGAAUGUCUAAAGAUAAUUGCUGUUCUGUUGAGUAAGUACACGGUGAAAUAAACCAUAAAAGUA